AUGGGUGUGAAAACUAGCUUUAGAGUUUCAUGCUGUGUAUUAACCGAUUCAGACGAUUACAUCACCGGAGUGAAUGUCGAGAACGCGUCAUAUGGUGCAGGGGUCUGUGCCGAAAGAGCAGCUAUUACAAGAGCAGUGAGUCAAGGUCAACGCAAAUUCAAAGCUAUUGCCAUUGCAGCAGAUACACCAAAACCUAUUGUACCUUGUGGAAUAUGCCGGCAGUUUAUUCGAGAGUUUAACGAAGAUAUCCCUCUUUUUCUUUUCAGUGAAACAGCAGACUACUACAAAGUCUACUUAAAGGAUCUUCUCCCCUUGAGCUUUGGACCUGGGGACUUGGGUGUCGAACUCGAUCUUGUUAUAUUCUCUAUUGAUGAAAGAAAUGACAAGAAAUCGUUUUCCACUUUGCGACCAGAGCCAUUGUUUGCCGUCCAAUUUCCGGCGCUCAGUUUCGAUCAUCCAUUGGUCAACGAGGCAUCGAAGAGUAACCCAGCCCCCACGUUGGCGAAAAAUAUCUCAAUGAAUCAAGGAAUGCAAGAAUUGAAUAUACAGCUGGAUACAAGCUUCCCAUUGAGUUGUCCAUUUCACUCGGCCCUGAUCAUGCAUUGA